AGUCCCAGGCAGCCACUGUGGAAAUCCCAGCAGACCUUUGCUGGCUGUGCUGGAUCUCUACGCCACCGGCAUGCAGAACCACCUGUAGACACACAGGAUGUUUAACUGGGUGGUGAAAGUGGUCCCCCAACUCCCUGAAGCUCCUGGGACAGAUGACGCUGCUAAGACCUCUGCUCAACCCACAGGGAAGAGUUCACAGAAAAACACAGACGAGAAUUCAGAGGACAGCCAGGCCCAAACUGGAGUUUUAGGCUGGCUGUCUAAUGGGUUUGUCAGCGCCCUGCCUCAACCUUCUGGCUCCCCUCGACUCGGCUCUGAUUCCAGGCCAGGAGAAGAUGGAGAAAGGUCUAAAGUGAUGGGCUGGGUCGCUCAGGGUCUGACCAAGGUGUUGCCUCAGCCUGACGAGAAGUACAAAGAGACUAACAACGAGGAAGAACACACUGAGGUCUAUGAAGUAGCAACAAUGCCAGAUUUUGAUCCCCUCCCACACAUCCCUGUGGUGGAAAUCUUGUCAGAGGAUGAGGAGGAGGUAGAGCAAGCCACUCAGUUUCCUCCCAACAUGGUGAAUUGGAUAAAGCAGAUUGUCCCUCAGCCAGUGAUACUGCCCCCUGGUGCCGUACCUACAGAACCAUCAAACAAGUCCAACCGCUCUUCCCUGGAUAAAAUUUUUUCUCCACCACCUGAAUCUCUCAGUGGAAUCUCACUGGAUACUGACAGCAAGGCCUCCGGUGUGGUUGGCUGGUUCGUGUCAGGUCUGGGUCUGAAGUUGCCUCAGCCUGUCGUUCCACCUAAAGAUGAAACUGAGAAUGCAGCUCAAGUUCUACAGAAAGGGGGGAAGGCGCUGCGAGCCCCUUAAACAGCAGGAGGAGACAACUGGGGGACGCUCUGAUUCCCACACACACAGACAGACAGAUACCAAUAGACAUAUUGUACUGUUGGGCAAGCUACAGGUGCUGUGCAGCAUGCAGCUCAGUACAGAAACUAGGCAGCUGUAAAAUACUACAAGAAUAUAAAGAUAUAUUCAACUCACCUUACUGUACUCAAUACAGUUUUAUAUGAAUGUAUUCUUAAAGUGUAUGCACUAAGACAUAACUAAAAUAUGUACUGUAUAUUCUAUAGCUACUUAGAUGAGUUUUUGUCUUCUGUGUUUGUAAUGUGAAUUUUGCACAUCGUGUGUUUCACACAGAAACAUUUAGUAAAUGCCAUUUAUCUGAAACAACUGUAGGUUUCAUUCACAAAAGAUUGCAGAUUGAACAUUUUGAUGUUUCCUUACCGUGCUUUAACUUAUGGCAAUGCACACUUUAUAUUCAUGAUGCCAUUUUCAUAUCCAGGAAAAGAGCAAUAGGUGAUAAAAAUCACGAUAUGCUUGUCAUUAAUUUAAAUGCAAAAGCAUUUCUGUUUAGAAGAAUUUCAGCUUGAGAUGUCUAAUCUUCCUUUCACAAUUCACAAAAUCUGGAAAUAAUAAUUAAAUGGCAGCUAUGUUCAUUUAUGAUUGUGUUAUUUGUGGACAAAGUUCAAACUAUAUCUGUAUUUAUACUUUAUAUUUAGAGGAAAUUGUAACAACUGGUUAUUUCACUCCAUAAGAAUCUGGUAAUUAUUGAGUUCAGUUUUGGUCCUGAUACAUUUCAUUUCCACAGGUUUAAUUGAAGUUGCACAACACAAAUGUAAGCGUAGGUCUAUUUUGAUCCACUUGAUAGAUUACUCCGGCCUUGAACUGUGAACUGUGGCCUGGGGAAGUGAUGUUAUAUUGUUUCAGAAGGUUUGACUUGAUUUCAAAGAACCAUACUCGCUCUUAUUGAAAAUAUGUUGACUAUUAUACAAAGACGGUGGUAGAGUACAUGCUGCAGUUACAUGCUGUAAUGUAAGGAUAUUACGGGAGUA